AUGUUAUUAAAGCUUUGUAACGGACCUAAAAUACGACAGUAUGCUAUCAUCAUUAUUGUGAAUCUCAACAUAUUAGGAACGGGCAUGACUGUCACGUGGCCGUCUCCAAUCUACGUGAAACUGAGGAAUAAAGACGAGGCAGUGUUAGAACGACAGAUCACGCCGGAGGAGUGGUCGUGGAUACUGUCUGCGGGUUAUUUGGUCUCCGCAAUAACCAAUUUUAUCCCGGGUAUUCUUCAGGAACGCAUCGGCCGUAAAUAUUGUCUAAUGGUCGCAAUAAUUCCAAAGAUAUUAGAAGGUCUACUCCUGGUAUCUACGUCUAAGAUUUGGAUACUGUACCUGUGCCGAACGUUGAAUUCAGUUGCCGACGGUUUCCUAAUAUGUGUAGUACCAACUUAUUCUGCAGAAAUUGCAAGUAAAGAAAUCCGUGGUUCUUUAGGUACUUUACUACAGAUUAUGAGCUCUCUGGGCGUAGUCAUCAUGUUAGGUGUUGGCCCAUUCCUCUCCUAUAGGGCUACUAACAUAUUACUCUGCUCAGUAAUUGUAGGCUGCGCGAUUCCCUUGAUACUUGUACCAGAUAGCCCAUAUUUCUUAUACGCAAAAGUUGUAGGUUCACAGUUAUCAGGUUUUAACGGUGUGAAUUUGUACCUGCAAACAAUUCUAGAGUCCACGCAUACUAAUAUUAGACCAGAGGUAGCGUCAGUCAUCAUCGGAUGUAUACAGCUCGCCGCCAGUAUUUUUACGUCAUUAGUCACAGAUAGGUUUGGACGAAAACGUAUUUUGACUACUACGUUUACCGGAAUGGCGAUAGGAAUGGUUGGUCUAGGUACAUUUUUCUAUUUCACCGAAAAUGCUGACGACAUCACUGGUUUCAUGAACUUCCUGCCAUUAAUAGCCCUUGUAUUGAUAGUAUUCUGCUUUAGCGCAGGUCCGGGAUCAAUAAACUGGAUGUUAUCAGCUGAAAUGUUCGACAGUUCGUCAAGAGCAGUCGGCUUGUCCAUCUGUUCUGUUCUAUUCACUAUAGCCGUAUUCGUGGUGAUCAGAUUUUUCGCGCCUCUUAUGCUGGCCAUAGGACCAGCCGCUGGAUAUUGGAUGUUUAGCUUGAACUGUCUAAUAAUGUCUGGAUUAAUAACCUUUUUAUUUCCCGAAACAAAAGGGAAAACUUUUACAGAAAUACAAAUGAACUUAGUCGGUAAACAUGACGAAGAAAAGUGCGAGAAAAAUAUUUCAAACGAUUUCCGUUUAUAA